AUGAUUGCUUUGCUCAUUCUCAACAAUUCUGGAGACCUCAUCUAUCAAUCCACCUUUUCAACACUACAGCAACCGAACGAAGCGAAUACUAUACGCUUAUUUUUACCCCUCCUCUUGUCCAAGGACCUCUUGAAAGCCAACUUCCACGACCGCAUACACUAUGUCCACCAUCGCAACAAGACCAUUGCAUUUUGGGAGAAACAUGGGCUACUCUAUCUCAUGUGGACGAGGAGAGGCACGAUACCAGUGGAUAUGCUACAGCAUCAUUUACAUAUUAUCGAUCGGCUAUUACACUUCCAGUUUGGGCCUCAUUGGUAUAACAAGGUGGAGGGUAUAGCAUCAUCAUCAUCAACAAGACCAUUGCGAUGGCGAGGAUCAUUAACGAUAUCCCACACCGAUAUUGCAACAUGCCUUUCACGACUCCCUUUUUUGAUGGUGGCUGCACCGCUUUUACCGCCACUCUAUUCUCCAGAGAUGCUAUGUUGUGUGGAACAAGUCGAGUUACAAGAGGAUUUACGGCAACGAUUGGAAGAGUGUCUUAGAGAAUCUUGCGAUACAGCAUUUGGUAGCGGUAGUCAACAAAAUACAGCAUCAUCCAGAUUUGUAUCCUUCUUCGCCACUCCUCCUUCGUCACGGAGAGUACUCAACCUAUCACCCCUGAUGAGACAUUAUCAGCACACUGAAAAUCAACAUCACUAUCGAUGGACCGAUGCAUUUCUUUUUGCCAGAGACAAGUUGGUUUCACGAUGCUCUAAAUCCAACAAUGACGAGUUAUUCGAGUCGACACUCCCAUCAGAGGCGCUGUUGUUUCUUAAAACCAUGGCAUCUGAAUAUGCUGAACAAGCAGCUGCCAGAGAAGACAUUGCAGAACAACGAAUGUCACGCCCAUCUGCCAGUAGUAGCCGAUCGCAUGAUACAAUUGAGACAAGAUAUGACGAUGACGACAAUGGACCAACACCACAGCCCUCAUCUUCAGAAGCAACUAGUCAAAAAUCAUCCGUCACUUACAUUUACGAUUCAUCAUCAGUGUCAGCACCCUUCAAAAUUAGAGAAAAGUCAACUUCAUCCGUUACAGUCGCUUCAUCCAAUUGUUCAACACCUUCACUUUCAUGGAGCAGCCCACCCAUUCUUAUGCAUAAUCAACUUUUAUCACGAUUAUCACGCAAAAGCCUCGACUAUGAUGAUCGGCCUUUACCAGAAUUAAGGCGAUGGUCUUCUCUAACACGUCCCACAACAACCGUUUCUACGUCACAACCACCUCCUCCUCAUUCAUCAACAACCGAUUUAUUACCAUCCGAUCAACUUCCACCCAAUGCUACCAUAUUUCAUCACCCAUCAACAGGCUCAUUGGAUGAAAAGCCAAUGGAUGAUGAUGGUCCUCUUCCUAGCAGUCUCCCACUCGAAUCGGGUUUUGGCCUUGCCAGUCGUCCUACAUUACGUCAAUCUGCACCCUCAUCACCUGCUUCACGUUCUCGUAGCCAGAGUAAUGCCGAUCGAUUAUCAGCUCGUACUUCUCUCAAGAACAUGUUUAGUACCUUUCUUCAAGGUGAGCAGCACCAGCAGCCACACGCCACGGAUGACGACACAACAGCACAGCAUGAAGGCAAGGUGAUGUCGCGUUGGAUCAAAUGGAAACAUCAGCAUCACAUGUCAUUAUGCGUUAUCUUGCUUGUACAUCUUGGAGAAGGUCUAUGUGCAACGAUCCUAUUCAGGGACGAUCAUGAGGAAGAAAGACAAAACCACAACCAUCAUCAACCCAAUCAUCACCAUCAUCAUCAACAACACUUGGAUGAUAUUUUACCUGAUCGAAUGACCAAUCAUACGGCCGUCAAAACAUUGCGAACGACUUUACAAGAUCAUCUCAAGGAUUUCAGUUCUUUUCUAUUGACUAAGGAGACCACGCACUUUUCCAUCUUGUCAUUCAUCACAAGUUAUCCAGGAUUACUUCAUUUCAUUCGUAUCCGUAAUGGCUCCAUGUUGUCGCCACGCAUCGUUGAUUUGACUUACUUGAAUCAAGAUCAUGAUUUGAUCCUUGAGAUGGGUGAAAAGUAUCAAGAAUGGGUGUCUUGCAGUGAGACGGCUCCACGAUGGGGAUGGCCAUCCAUCACAAGGCUUGAACAAUUGAGUGAGGAAAUGGUCAAGAUUGCCAAAGCGAAUAGUGUGAGUACCAGUGCAGAAUACCAAAUCAAUCAACUCCCUGGUCACCCUGGAUUCCAAUGUGCAUUACGACGUGCAAAAGGCAACAGUGACGAGUGCUUGAUGGCGAUGUAUUUUAGCUUUAUACCAGAGGCAGUGGUGUUGGACAUGCAUCAUCGGCUAUUUCAUGAUGUCAGCCAACGCUUACUUGAACAAUAA